CGCCGUCAGAUUUCGUGGCGCAGGGUGUGCUUGUGCCACGGGUCACCAGCGCGAAGAGAGGAGCACGGUCGAAGGGAGAAGACGGAAGCUUCUUUGGCGGCCGAGGCGGCGUACGCCGCGACCGGAAGGACGUGCAGGUUGCAUCUCAAUUCGUCGUCAAUCAAUCGAACGCGAGUGUUCCCCCUUCGCGAGUGAUGUCAAUUCGAGGAGGAAUCGGUUUCCCCAACGUCUGACGAGAUGACCUUAACAGACAACAUGACGAAAGCUAAAGGACCGCCACGAUGGCUGGACCCGGACCAGGCACUUCCGGUUCAGGGACGCGUCGGUGAAGACAUCGUUAUCGAGCCGAGAUUACGAUGGUCCGAUGUUUUCGACGAGCUACGAUUUGAACUAAUACGCGGGGAUGUACCGAUACCGUCCGACAGAUACAGGGUGCAAAUGAGGGGGAACGUCGUCCAAUUGACCCUGAAGCAGUCGCAAAAGGACGACACUGGACAUUACGCUCUUGUGGCCACGAGAGUUGGCCAAGGAUUCGAGAAAGGAUCCUCCAAAAAGAUUCAUCUCAGCGUGGACGAGGCCGUCUCGGAAGAGGGUGAUCCACCGAUCUUCCUUCGAAGAUUGACAGACCUUGCUGUUAAAGUUGGCACCAGGACCAGAUUCCUCGUGGAAAUUCGAAGUUCGACCACACCGAAGAUCACUUGGCACAGAAAUGCCGAGCAGAUACACGCCGGUACGAGAUUCUCCUUCGUCCACGAGGGAAACUUCUACUGCGUCGACGUGGCUCCCGUCACGGUCGAGGACGAAGGGCACUGGACCUGCAUGGCGGAGAAUCGAGGGGGGCGAUCGUCCUGCACGUCUCGCCUCACCGUGAUCGUCCCAAAAGCUUACAAAAGACCGGAAUUCGUGGAGGAGCUACGGGCUCUCCUUACAGAAACUGGAACAGUGUCCUUGGAGUGCAAGGUAGUCGGUGUGCCCACCCCCGUGUUGAGAUGGUUCAAGGACAACAAAGAAAUCAAGGCUGGCGAUGUGUUUGCUUUAACUGCCAACCUCGACGAUCCAACAUCCCUUGGAAUUUACACUUGCGAGGCAGUGAAUUGUAUGGGAAUUGCUUAUUCCUCUUCAAAAGUACAUGUAGUCGGAAAAGGUAGCAGGGAGGGUUCUCUGAAACCAGCUGAUUCCUUGACACCGUCCGGUCCUCUUCCUAUCUUCACGAAGAUUCUGCAAGACGAGUGUUGCAGGAUUGGAGACACUCUCAGGCUUUCUUGUCAAGUUCAAGUACCACCAUGGCCGAGAGCAAUUACGUGGUACAACAAGGAGGGGCGCAUCGAGGCCAGCGAAAAGUACCACGUGAUGGAAGAUGGCCUUGGUGGAUACUCCAUAGAGGUAAACCCUGUCGAAGCCAUGGACGAGGGCGAGUGGAAGUGCGUCGCCACGAGCGCUGAAGAUAUGAAACAGUUUACUACUUGCCACGUUGCAAUGUCCAUUCCAAAGAACUACAGGAAACCACGCUUCAUGGAAAGCUUGAAAGCUGUCUUAACGGAAGAAGGUCUGGUGUCGUUCGAGUGCAAGGUUGUAGGAUUCCCUACGCCAUUGCUAAGGUGGUUCAAAGAUGGCCAAGAAUUAAAACCAGGAGAUGUUUAUCAAUUGACCGGGACUAACUCCUUAGGUUCCUAUUGUUGCAUUGCAAGAAAUUGUAUGGGAGAGGCAAAGAGUACAGCCGAAUUAACGAUCGAAGAUAUUCAAAAUCAAUUAAACGAAGAAGAACGGCUGCAAUUGUUAAAUACGAAUCAACCGCCCAUUUUUAUGAAAGGUCUUAGAAGUUGCGAGGCGAGGAUCAACGAAGAUUUUCGAUUUACAGUACAAGUCAGUAUUUCCCCAGAGCCAAGCUUCUCUUGGUACAGGGACGAUACACCGGUGGAGGAGAACGAGAGAUACCGAGUUGCCAAGGAAAAUCUUGGCAUCUGCCAUCUCGAUGUACAAAAACUCGAAUUCGUCGAUCAAGCCGAGUGGAAGUGCGUUGCUUCCAACGAUCACGGUCAAAGCAUCACUUCCUGUUUUCUGAAACUAAUCAUUCCCAAGCAUUACAAGAAACCGAAAUUUCUUGAGAGUUUGCGCGCCAUAUUGUCGGACGAGGGCGCCGUGAACUUGGAGUGCAAAGUGAUCGGUGUUCCGCAACCGAUUCUCAAAUGGUACAAAGAUGGCGUCGAAUUGAAGCCAGGAGACAUUCACAGGAUCAUUUCCGGGCAAGAUGGCACCUGUUGUCUCGGAACUUACACCUGCGAGGCGACCAAUUGCAUGGGAACUGUCAGCAGUUCUGCCUCUCUUCUUGGCUUCGAAGAUAAACUGCCCGUUCGAAAGGAAAUGAAGGAACCACAAUCUCCAAACGGCCACGAACUUGCCAGAAAUUUGUCGCUCUCAACAAUUCAUGAAGAAAGAACGUCUCAAUUGUACGAUACACCCCAAACCGACCAUUCCGUCACGUUAGACGAUCGAGGGGAAGUGUCAUUCAGCUUCGAUGGUAAAGAGGUCUCCGUCAGCCUCUACGAAACCCCUGAUCUCACCGAAGAAGAAGCUCUUCAAAUUGUCGAGAUGUACGCUGAUCAAUUGUCUGAACAUGUUACAGAGCACAACGUGAUCGAACUUCCGCCAAUGCGAUUCGUAAAAGAGUCCUCUAAUUCUGGUAACCUGUUGAUGGAGGCAGUGGUGAUCGACGUGUCUCCAGACUACUUCGUCAGCGCGGAAGACGGCGACGACCUUCGUACAGAAGCCGACUUCGAGGACGUCUCCAUAAUGGACGACGUGACUCGAGUCUUCUCAUCCCCGGAACAAGACUCUCGCAGCUCUCUAAAGAGAUCCGCCAGAUACAGUUUGGACGAGGACGACAAACCACCAAUUAAACCGCCCAGAAAAAAGUCGAGCUCCUCGUCGAAGAGCGAGAAAAGCGAGAAGAGUCAGAAGAUGGAGUCGGAAAGCUUCCACAGCGCCCAAAGGGACGAGCCAUUUUCACCAGUCUCUCCGAUGUCUCCCGUAUCCUCGUUAAAGCAAGACGACAGCGACACUUUCGCCGAUGCUCUCUCCUCCGCAAGAUUAUCCAUCUCUGAGAAUCAAAUCCAGAAGGGGAACGAAGACAUUCGAGAGAGGAAACGUAGUCUGAGCGGUGAGAAAACGGCCGGUUCCAGCGUGGACGAUGGGAUAGGCGGCGACUCCUCCUUCGACUCCGUAACCGGCGCUGCUAAGAAGAAGAAGAAGCAUCGAAAAAAGAAGCACAAACGAGAGAAAGGUAGCUCAGAGGAAUCAUCUAUUGCCAGUGAGAUCGAUGGAAAACGUAGAGAAAGUGGACCGCUAAAAGGCAACACCGAGACGCUUCAACGCAUAGAGUCUAUAAAGAAGAUUGAAGAACCGUACGUAGAAGAAGCAGUUGACAAAUCUGAGGAAAAGAAGAGCGUUAGUGAAUCUGAUAAAUCUUUGUCGAAGAGUAACAAGGAGAGAUUGUUGGACAAUAUGAAAAAAAUGAAAGAACCCGUGCUGAUAGUUCGCGACACUUUGGUCAGCAUCGAUAGUUUGGAGGCCAAAUUAAGCAGCGGUAGCGAGGAAGAGUGUAAAAGAAUCGUGAAGGAGAACGUGAUCAAACCGAUUCAAACGCUGUGCGAGGAAGUCUCGGCCAUAGAGUCUAAGGCAUUGAAGAGUGCAGGAGACAGAUCGUUGAAUCAGACGGUACGAAUCUCCCUUUUGGAAUCCAUUGGAGGCCCGACCGAGGAGCUUCUUCGCGGCAUGGAAUUGAUAGAACGCCAAGAGAACGUUAAGAACCGUAAGAUGGAUUUGAUCGCGAUUUUAGAAAGUCUCACGGAUCCCGUCGACGAGAUUCUGAUGGGGAUCACCAAGAUCGAACACGAACUGACCGGUCGUGCAAAAGGUGAGAAACCUAUUGCUCUGAUCAGGAUGACAUCCGCUGUUUCUAAGCUCGAUGAGAACGUGAGAGAGGUUUUAACCGUGGACAGAAAAGCUUCGCGAUUAGUGGCUAGAUUCGAUGAGAUUCUGAACACGUUGGAUUUCUUCUUGAACGACGUUUCCGUGGAUCCAACUAAGGGAACGAUAGAAACUGUAGACACCGUUGUGGUUGAGUCUCUUUCGAAGUCUGUUGAGGACAUGGCUCGAGCUUUAGGUCGUUUUUCCGCGAUCGAAACAAAAAUUGAAGGAGCGUCUAAAGUCAUGGACGAGUUAAUACUUCCGACCCGUGAACUGAAAGCGAAAUUGGACACACUGAGAUCAGCUUUGGAGACUUACGAGACGAGAGGAAUUUUGUCGGAACAUCGAACGAAAUUGAUAGAAUCUUUGCAAGAUUCUGUCGGGCAGGUCAUCGAGGAGAUUAACAAGGUGAAAGACGAGAAGCUGAUCGAAGAUCGUAAAACAGCGAUGGAAGAAUCUAAGCAAGAUGUUCUGAAAGAGGUGAGGCUCACUCUUCAAGAAGCUUUGAGAUCGUACGAAAACGUGGCGGGUAAUCUUGAUCCUCGAUUGUCUUCGAUUUUCGAUCGAAUUGACGAGAUGUAUCGAAGACUGAAGACUCCUCAGAAACGAGAGAUAGGUGUAGAAUCGCUGGUAAGCCUGGAAGGUCUUCUCUAUUCCCUCCAAUGCGCUCUUACGUCGACAUUCAUAGCUGAGAACUCUGAAACAGUGUUCGAGCUUUUGGAACCCGCAAUCUCUCAACUGAAAUCGACGAUAACGAACCUGAACGAGAAAUCCUUGCAAUCUGUACUGGAUAUGGUGAAUAAUCUUGAGAAAACUGUUCGUGGAACUGAGAACGAACUGGAAGACACGAUAUCUUCGAAAUCGACGCAAGGAGAGCCACAAAAUUUGACUGAUAGAAUUUUAGAUUCACUGAUAGACGUUCAAUCGGCUCUGAGUUCUGCUCUGCAGAGCAUAGAAGACGUGGACUCGGUUACAAAUGGUGCGGCGAAUUCUCAAAAAUUGCUAGCUUCUUCGGACAUAACUGUUUGUCUUGUAGAACUCAGACAAUACGUGUCUGAUGUAGCUCACAUAGCGAUGACACUGAAAGAAGAUCAAACAUUGAACAGUCUGUUGGACGUGAAGGAACCGUUGAUGGACCUCCGGGAAGCUCUUGCUUCGAAGGAAAGAACGUUCCAGGAACUUGAAAUGAUUCGUAAAAUAUCGAUUCCCAUAGAGAAAUUAAAGGUAACGGUAUCGAAAGUGUUGUUCCAUUGUCAAUCACAAGAAGCCAUCAAUUCGAUAAAAGAUUUGUCGACGAUAUUGGAAGAAAUCGAGACUCAAUUGCCAAAGACUGUGGCCCGAUUGGUGGAGGCUGAAGAAGCGACCAAACAUUAUUUGGAAAGUUUAAACACGGACCAGAAUCUUAGCAACAUUCAUUUCGCUCUUUCAUCAGCCUUAGAGAGACACGAGAGAAGUUUUCCUGCUCACACCUCGAGUCUGACUAUUUGUGUCGAAGAUCUUCGACAAAAUAUUGGCUCGAUAGCAGUGGCAAUCGCCAACUUGAAGAAUCCAAUAGAUGAACAGAUCAUAGGCCAGGUGUAUUUGCUGAAAGAUAGUCUGUUGAGCUUUCAGAGAUCUCUGUUGACUCAGGAACACGAGCCUGAGGAGGAACAGAUCUUGAAGGAUCUGUUAAAUCCAAUCGAGAAGUUGAAGAGUUUGAUUCAAAGGAUGGUAGAUAGCAAGGCAAAGACAGAUUUAAUUCUUCCCGUUUUGGAGCUUUUGGAAGAAAUAGAAAAGGACACUCCGUUGAUCGCUAAAGAGGCGUCGAAGAAGAAAGCUCGAAGAGAGGCAGAGAAAUUAAUUCCUAAGAAGGAGGAACCGAAGGAAGAAAAAAUUAAAUCGUUUGCUCUGGCUAAUAGAAUCAAUCGAUCAUUGGAUCCUAUGAAACAUUGGCUAUCUACCAUAUCAGAUGAUAGUGCGAAGGAUGAAGAAGAAUCUGUUCUGAGCUCGACUGUUGAGGAUUUAAAACGAGACGUGAACAAAAUUGCUAUCGAGACUUCGUACUCAGAGCCUCCUAGUGACGAAAAUUUGAUAGAGGCUUUGACUGGACUCCGUGAACCUUUGAUAAGGUUACGAAACGCCAUAUCGAUGUAUCACGAACCAGCAGAUUUGUCUACUUUGGAAGGAUUAAGCAGACCCAUGAAAUAUCUUUUGCAAACUGUCAUGGAUGUUCUUGGAGACCACGCUGAAGAAGAAUCGUUAAGGCCUAUAAUUGAUAUUGUGGAAGAGAUCGAGAACCAAAUACCUAUUUCUAUUAAGGAAGUGCUUUACAAAAAGGAAUUGAAAGAGAUGGUAAAAUCGAUGACACAAGAAGAAAAAGAAGUAAUUGGAACAAUAACUUCUCAAGACAUCACCAUUCAGGAAGAAUCUAUUCCCUUGGAAACCAUCGUCAGAGAGAAGGAAGAGAUUAUAUCGAAUAUUUCUCAAGAAACUAUUCCUGAAGGCACUUUAAUGGAGAGUACUACGGUAUUACCCGAAACGCAAUUCACUGAAUCGAUAAUUGAACAGACUACAGGUGAAGAGAUCAGCUCUCAAAGAACGGAACAAUUGCUUACGACGAUAGAAGAAUUGCCAAAAAGAAAAGAAGAUGCGAAGAAAACAAAGAAGGAAGAAGAAAUAAAGAGUUUGAUUUUCUCAUUGUCGAAGACGUUAGAUACAGUUCAGAUGGAUGUGACGAGUAUUUUGGAAGAUUUUGAGGAACCUACGACUGGAGCCAUCACUGUUCCAGUCUCUCUGUUGGCCAAUUCUUUGGAAGAACUCAGAAAAACGAUCUCUUCGAUGCAAGUAACGAUUGAAAUUCGUGGAAAAUCCAUAGAAUCUCGAGAAGAAAUCGUCAAUGAAACUGUUUCCAUAAUACAAAAUCUCGUGCAGCCAUUAAAUGAUCUCCAAAAGGUUCUUCAACAGUCUCAUCAACAUGGUGCUCGAGAAUUGGUAAUUCUAAAUCAUUUAAUCUUACCUUUGAACGUAAUCGAAACAGAAGUGGUCAACUACACAAUUCAGAAGCUCGAUCGAAACUCUGAAUUAAAAAAGAAUUGUGAACCAAUUCUGAAUCUUCUCAGAGACAUCAAAGACACAAUACCAAUCGUCGUGAAAGAUAUACAUUCUAGACAAGAGCUUCUUGGAUUUCUUCGUGAGAUUUCCAAACCCUUGAAGAAUAUCGAGGAACAAAUGAAGAUUCUUGAGAAUCAAGCUGAGGACACAUUGGAGACAGAUGUAGCAAGAAUUCUGGUGGAACCUUUAGAUCAUUUAUUGAACAUCAUUAAUGUUACAUCUCAGGAACUCGAGCUAUUGGAUCAACGAAGAGCUAUCAUCGUAGAGUUUCGAAGCCUCGUUGGACCUCUAGUGGAAUUUCUAAGUAGUCUUUCGAUGGUUCAAAGCAGUCGAAAAAGCUUGGUUCCAGAAGGAGCAUUGUUGGACGAAAGAAAAAGCGUUAUUUCGAAAGCUGUGGAAGGUCUUCAGAGGCAAGCUUCGGCCAUCUUGGACAGAGUCUCUAAUCUAGAGGGCGCCAUGAUGUUCGAAGAUGCAUUGAACUCCUUGAAAAAUGCUUCCAUUUCUGUUCUGAAGCAAAUUGGCAAGACUGAUUAUUCACGAAGAUCCAGCACCGCUGAGUUCACUCUUCAAUACAAUCUUUCGACCUCGUUCAAUCACUUAAAAAACACAAUUACAACUUUGGAAAAGAGCGUGGAUAAACCGAUCCACGAAAUAAUCGCCAAAUCUUUGGAACGUUUGGAGAAACAAAUUACAUUGUCUCAGACACAUUUUAUGCAAACGUACAACGAACAACGAGUUGACGAAGAAGCCAUCGUAGAAGGAUUUCUUUAUCCGACUAACCAACUUCGAUCAGCUCUAAGUACUUUAAAAGAAAAAAUUGAAAAGAAAGAGAUAUCGAUGGUUUCGAGUCAGUCUGUGACACUUUUUCAAGCUUUGGCUAAUUCUACGACUGAAUUGGCUUCUUCUUUAUCGCUCCAUCGAGCCCAAUUAAUUCGAGAAGGAGAAUCUGAAGGAUCUUCUCUUGUGGAAACUUUGUCUGCCAUGGUAGAUGUUUUGGAAAGUGUAAAAGGUUCUAUAAUAGAAAUCGAUAAAAUGAUAAACGUGGAAAAAACGACAGAAAAGAAAGUAGAAAAAGAAACAGAACAAAGAGUCGAAGAACAAAAUAUUUUGCCGAUUACUAUUACGCAGAUUGAGACAAUUAUUGACGAGAUUAUCGAAGUUUCAAAGGAGGAAGUGGAAAGUGUGUUGACUAUCAAAAAAUUAUCACCAGAAAAAGAAAUAGUGACGAUAGAAGAAAUGAAGUCUGAGUCUGAAAAAGAAAUAAAGAAUGUUUCAAAAAUUGAUGAAGAUAGUGGAGAAUCUGUAAUGAAAGAAAUUGAAUUAAAAGCAAUUGAAAAAAUUGAAAUUCUGGAAGAAAUGAAAGAAGAAAAAACAGAUGAUUUUCAAGAUAUUAAAGAAAUAAAAGAAGAAAAAGUUGCAAUCGCAGAAGUAAUAAAAGAAGAGAAAGUGGAGACUUUGGAAGGAAUGAAGGAAGAAAAAAUUAUUGCUCCUGAAGUGAUAAAAGAAAUACAACUUGAAUCGCUCGAAAAAAUAACAGAACAAAAGAUUGAAAUGCAAGAAGCAACUCAGGAAAAAGAAGAGUUUAAAACUACUGAAGAAAAAGUUGAAGAUAUUGAAACAAAGAGAGAAGAAAAAAUUGAAACUGAUGGAAUGGUAGAAGAAAAAAUUGAAGUUCUUGAAGAAAAAGUUAAAAUCCUUGAAAUAAUGACAGAAGAGAAACUUAAAACUGAAGCAAUAAAAAAGAAGCAAGAAAAAUUUGAAAUCUAUGAAAUUAAAGAAGAAAUAAAAACUCCUGAAGAAAUAAUAAAAGAGCAAGUUGAAAGUUCUGAAGUAAAUAAAGAAGGAAAAAUUGAAAUUCUUGAAGAAAUGGAAAAAGAAAAAAUUAAAAUUCUUGAUGAAAUCAAACAAGAACAAAAAACUGAAACUGUUGAAAUAAUGAAAGAAAGUAAAGUAGAAUCUCUUGAAGAAAUAAAAGAAAAUAAAAUUGAAGAUCUUGAGAUAAGAAAAGAAAAAAAAGCAGAAGCAAUGCCUAAAACAGAAGAAUUGUUACAAACUGAAAAAAUGUCAGAAAUAUUAUCCGAAAAGACAAACGAAAUAAUCAAGAAAGAUGAAGAAAUUGAAGCAUUGUUUAAAACAAAAGAAAAAGUAAUAGAAAAGAAAGAAAUCGUUGAAGGAAAAAUAAUUGAAGAAGAUAAAAAAAUAGAAAUAUUGGAAAAAAAAGAAAAAGUAGAAGAACAAGUACAAGAAAAAAAAAAAAUUAUAUCUCCAAAAGUAGAAAAAGAAAUUAUUGAAUCAUUAAUAGAAAAAAUUGAAGAGCAGGAAAAAAUAGAAGAAUCACAUGAAAGAAUAGAAGAAGCUACACAAAAAGAACAAAAAAUAGUCGCGGUAUUAGAAAAGACAAAAGAAGGAAAUUUGGGAACCUUACCUCAGGAAGUUGAGGAACUCACCCAAGAAGAAAAAAAAUUUGAGAAAACAGAAGCAAUAAUAAGGAAAGAAGAAUCUGUAGAAAUAUUAGCUGAAAAAAUUGAAGAACUAGCAAUAACAGAAGAAAAAGUAGACAUUUUAUCUGAAACACCACAGGAAUUGGAAAAGAUUGUAGAAAAAGUAGAAACUUCCUCUGAAGAUAAUCAAAUGUCAAUGAUAAAAGAAGAAAAACCGGAAAUUUUAAUAGCAAAGACGGAAGAAAUAAUUAAAAUUCCGGACAGCCAAACGACAUUAUCUGAAGAGACGAAACAACAAGUGGUAAGCAUAGAAGAAAAAUCUGAAGUACUAGAAAAAUCUCAAGAAAUAUCUAUUCUUGAAAAAAAUAUGGAAGAAAUAAGCAAACAAAAGAUAGAAUUAAAAAAGGAACAAGAACAAAUUUCUAAGCCAGCAGUUGGAGAAAUAGAAAAACAAACGAGUAGUGAAAUAGAAAUGGAAAAAUCUAAAAAAAUAGAGGAAAUAUUAAAUCAAGAAACAAAAAUAAAAGAAUCCAAAAAAUCAGAAUUAUUAACAGAAGAACAAGAUAUAGAAAAAAUACAAAUAAAAGAAAAAAUUGAAGAAUCUUCUGAUAAAAUAAAGGAUGAGAUACAAAAAGAUGAAAGCAUAGAAUUAACGAUUGAAAGAAGUAAAGAAACAGUAAAACAAGAAGAAACUUUGACCGAAAAAAUAGAAGAGUUGAUAAAGAUUGAAGAGAAAGCAAAGGAAGAUAAAAAAGAAGCAAAAAUAAAUUCCAUACAAAAUAUAGCAUCGUCGAUCAAUAUUAUGCAACAAUCCUUCAAAGAAUUAACUAAUCUCGUAUCUAUAGCUUUAGAAGAACCACUUUCAUUGAGAUCUGAAGAAGAAAAACGAAGAAUACGAGAAUUAACUGCCCUAAUACAAAUUCUUUACGAUUUAAAAGCAACAAGUACAUCGACUCGAAAUACAUUAUCUUCUUCUUCGAUCCCAGAAUUAGAAGUGCAAUUCAUUCGUCUAUUAGAUACCUUAAUAAACGUGGAACAAGCCACGGAAAAAAUUCUUUAUUUAACUCAAAAGGAUCUAGCUCCAGCAUUGAAGGAAAAUGUGAUGGUGUCGUUACAAAUACUUUUAGAACCAUUGAAAUCUCUUCAACAUGAACUUUCUUCUCUUCAACAAACAAUUCUGCAACUUCCUAUGGAAUAUUUCUUCUUAUCUACAAAUGCACAAAGCAUAAAUGAAAUAAUUUCUGAACUUGUAAAAGUGAUAAGAAAGACAGCUGAAAUGAAGAGUAUGAAAGUAGUCGAAGAAAUCAAAGUAAUGAAAUCGAAAGAAGAAAAUUUAGAUAUCGAAGAAACCACAGCGAAGCCUCUGGAAGAACUCAUAGAAGUCCUCAUAGUCUCUCAGGAACAAGCAAAACCUGUUUCUCUUGAUUCUGUUUCACCUUCGAUAGAAUCAGUCGAAUUAAUAGAGCAACAAGCAUUAAUCAGUGAAGAAGAAAUGAAAUUAGACACGUAUCUCGUGGAACAAAUAGUAACUCCAGUACAAAAUCUGCGUGAAAUGAUUGCGAAGAUAGAGGAGCAAACAUUAGAAGAGGCUGAAACAUUAGAUCUGCCUACGAAGAAGACAGCUGCUGUUAUCUUGAAUACUAUUAUCCAUCCUCUGGAAGAAUUGGAGCAAUCUUUUUCUGCUCAGCAACAAGCACUAGCAACUGAAGAAAUCACCGAAGAAAUGAGACAACCUAUUCAAUCGUUACAAUCAAUUCCAGUAGUCAAUGUUUUAGAAGAAUUAAAGAAAUCUAUCGUCACAAUUCAAGAAGAAAUGAUCCUAGAAACGAGUGAGGAAAUGAAGAAUUCUGAAGGCAAAGCACAAAUUAUAAACGAAGUACAGCGAUCAUUGGAAAAUCUCAAAUUCUCUGUUGGUGCAGUACAAAAAAUAGUAACCACAGAAACUGAAAGUGUAAAUACAGUAUCCAAUAUAGAAAAGACAUUGGCUAUCCAAUCCUUCGUCGAAUCAAUGAAAGAAUUGGGAGACAAAUGUAUGGCAAUUGUCAAUCAAUCUUUAGUAAAAGUAAAAGCUUCUGAAAAAAUCCAAAAAGAGGAAUUGGAGCAAGUUUUGGAAGUGAUGGUUCAGCCUAUUCAACUAUUACGUGAAACAGCUAUUGAGAUUGAAGAACAGAAGGUCGAAGAAAUUCAAAAUCUGGACGAAACGAAUAAAGAUAUAGUCGAAGUUUUGAAACCUCUGAUCCAUCCUUUGGAAGAGUUGGAAGAACUACUGUGCACUGCUGUUCGUGAAGCGAGCAUAUCAGAAAUAAAAACUGCGGAAGAAGUGAAGAAAACUGCGGAAGAACUGAAACUAAGUCCUGUGUUGGAAAAACUACAGAAGUCUAUCGCUGUGAUAGAGGAACAAACAGUAUUGCAACCGAAGAAACUCGAUGUGUCUGCCACAAAAGUGGAAACAUCUGUUGCUGAAUUAAUAGAAAGCCCAUUAGAGAAUCUAAAGUCGGCUGUGGCAGCCAUACAAACUCUCGAAACGGAAGAGGCUAAAGAAUUGUCGAAUGAAGAAAAAACAACGGCUCUGAAAGCAUUUGCCAAAUGCAUGGAAGAGAUAGCAAAAGUGUGUUCAGUUGUCUCUAGUGAACAAAAGGUUCAAGUAAGUUUGGUGCAACAGCCACAAGUGGUUAAACUCGAAUUUGGCCAACAAACUUUGGAGACUAUAGCAAGUCCAAUUCAAGUUUUGCGAGAAACCGUCUCGAAACUUGACGAACAACAGAUACAAGAGGUUGAAACUCUAGUUUUGGCUGAAAUAAAAGAGGCAGCAACUGUUUUGCAUACUCUGAUCGAACCAUUGGAACAGUUGGAAAAAUCGUUAUCCAUAGCUGUUGAACAGAUGAGCAUGAUUAAGGAAGAAUCUACUUCGAGUUUGAAGGACAUUCAAUCUUUGGUGAAAUUAAACGUGAAGCCUGUUCUGGAGCAAUUAGAAAAAUCGAUUGCAGUGAUUCAAGAACAAGUAUCUUUGGAAUCAUCCAAAGAAGAACCAAGUGAUAAAUUGGAGAUGUCAGUCGUGGAAGCUAUAGAAAAACCAUUGGAGCACUUGAGAUCUUCAGUAGCGGCUGUUCGAGAGAUAAUGUGCCUUGAAACAGAGCAAGCUAGUGAUUUAAUUGAUAAAACAUCGAUUUUGGAAUCAUUCGCGAAAUCCGUGGAAGAAAUCGGUCAAAGAUGUCUGGCAGUGGUAUCUCAGCAGCAAAUAAAAAUACAACUGGUUCCUAAACAAUUGGAAAAAUCACAAAUAGCAAUAUUGGAAAUGGCGAUUAAUCCUCUUCAAGUUUUAAAAGAAACAAUUAAUAAAAUCGAGGAAGAAAAACUACAACAAGUCGAAACUCUCGAUUCUUCCAAAAUGACUGAAGAAGAAAGAACGGAUAUAUUAAACGUCUUAGUAGAACCGUUACAGAAAUUAGAAACUUGUUUAUCCUCCACUGUCCAACAAGCUGUCUCGAUAAAAACUGAAAAGACGGAAGAGAUAUCAGAAAAAACAUUUUCCAUGGAAAAAUUAAACGUGUCACCUGUCGUGGAAGAACUUCAGAAAUGUGUAGCAAUAGUACAAGAGCAAAUGAAACUGCACGCAACGACAACACAAUCCAUCGAAUCAGCUUCUUUUAUGCAAACAGCUGAGAAAUCACUGGAAGAACUGAAUUCUUCUCUUAAAAUUAUUCAAAGCGUAAUUACUAUUGAAUCAAGUGAAGAAGAAAAAUUAUCGGAUACUGAGAAGGUAGCUGUCUUGGAACACUUUGCCAAAUCAGUGCAAGAAUUUGAAGAAUGCUUGGCUGUGGCCAGUCAGCAGCAAGUGGAGGUAAAGGAAACGGUAGUUGAGCUAAAGGAAACUGAAAAACUGGAUGCACAAGUUCUCGAAACAAUUAUUGCACCGGUUCUUGCAUUGCGCGAGACUAUUAUGAAGAUACAGGAAGAAAACUUGGAAGAGAUAGGAACCCUAGAAAAGAUAAAUGUGCAGACGUUGACUCCAUUGGUGCAUCCUCUUGAAAAAUUAGAGAGGUCUCUGGCGCAUGUUGUUCAACAGGCAAGUGGGCAGAAGCUCGAAACUGUGGAAGAAAUAAAAGAGGAAAUUCCUCGAACAAUGGUUCUUCAACCAAUUUUGGAAGAAUUGAAAGAGAGCAUGGUUAAUGUUCAAGAACAAUUAAUUGCGAGUUCAGAAACGUCUAAAUUAGAAGCUGUUGAAAAUAUCGUUGUAGCAAUUGAGGAAUUGAAGACGUCUACUAAUGCGGUUCAGCAAAUGGUCAUAGAACAAACCGAAGAAAUGAAGAUUGAGAAAACAUCUGUAUUGGAGACCUUUGCUAGAUCGAUAGAACAAUUGGAAGAACGAUGCUUGACAAUAGUUAAUCAACAGAAAACAGAAACGAAGUUGAAAGAAGAUGAGAAACAGCAAGCAAAAGUAGAUGUUGAAAUUCUUCAGAAGAUUAGCAACACGGUUCACAUUUUACGUGAAUCAUUUUCACGAAUCGAAGAAGAAAAAGAGGUCGAAGAAUUAAAAAUACCAAAAGAACAAGAAAUGAAAUUGAAUGUUCUUAUAGAGCCAUUGUAUAUCUUAGAACAAACUUUGUUGACUGCGAUGGAGGAAGGAAAAAUCAUAGGAGAAGAAACUGCGGAAAAAUUGAAGAAAAGUGAAGUGGCUGUCGAAAAAUUGAAUUUACAACCUGUUCUGGAAGAAUUACAGAAAUCUAUAACCAUCAUUCAACAUCAAACGAGUGAAUCAGCUUCAACUUCAGAGAUUACUAGUGAAAUUGGUUUAACGAAGGCGUUGAUUGAAAAGACGUUGGAAGAAAUGAAGUUAUCUGUAGCAGCUGUUCAAGAAAUCACGAUUGCCAAACAAGAUGAAACGAAAGAAUUGAAAACAGGAGAAGAAAAUUCUCGUUUGGAGGCUUUUGCGCGAUCAGUGGAAGAAGCUGGUGAAAAAUUGUUGAGUGCAAUAAAGCAACAGGAAGUGAAGAAGUUCGUGGAAGAAAGCUCGAUAAAGAAAAAAGUAAGUGAGGAUUUUGUGAAAACCAUAAUAGAACCGAUCAAUGCGUUGCAAAAUACGAUUAUGAAUAUAGACAAGGAAAGCGAAUUAUUAGGAAAGAAGAAAGAACAGGAAGCUGUGAUCUUGUUAAAUAUGGUGCAGCCACUUCGCAAACUCGAGGAAUCGUUCUUAUCAGCCAUGAAGAAAGAGACAAUAACCAAAUACGAGAUUGUCGAAGAGAUUUCUCAGGCAAUUCCAGCGUUGCAAGAAUUGCCAGUCAAGUCUACAUUAGAAGAAUUGAACGAACAAGUUGCAGAAAUACAGAAACGGUUAGUCUUUGCCAAAGAAACCAUAAGCUUGACAGGCGACACCGAAGACUUCGCCGCCAUAAGAAAUUUAGAAAGAUCGUUGAGCGAUCUAAGAACGUCUGUAGCUAUUGUUCAGCAGUUGACAACGAUAGAGAAACCUGGCCAACAAAUUCUAGACGUUGAAAACGCAUCUGCGUUGCAGGCAUUUGGAAAAUCCGUGGAAGAGUUCAAGAAACAGUGCAUCGCCAUUGUUUCAAGACCAAGAGUGAUUGCCACAAUUUUAGGAAAGAUAGAAUCACAACAGGCAAUUAAACUAGAAACUCAAAUCCCGCGCAUUCUUGUUCCUGCUAAAUUGUUGCAAGAAUCUAUUUCUUCGAUAGAGGAGAUCAAACUUCAAGAGGCGGAAGCAUUGGAGACACCGGAAACGAAGAAAUCUGUCACGAUAUUAAGCGAGCUUAUACCGCCAUUACAAAGAUUGGAGCAAUCUUUUGUUGCUGCCAUUCAAGGAGAACACGUGAUGGAACAAACAAUGGAGGAGAUCAUGGAGACUGAUCAAGUAUCAUUCGAGAAAACGACACUGAAACCAGUACUGGAAGAGUUUCAAAAAUCAAUCGCAACGAUCCAAGAGCAUAUGAUGAUCGAGGAAGAUGUGCAGAGUUUGUCAGAAGUCGAAAAUGCUUCUCAGUUGAAGACAAUGGCGCAAACGUUGAUAGACUUGAAGACUUCGGUGGCCGCCAUUCAGCAGGUCACUGAAUCCAUUCCGGAAAUAGCGAGUGAAUUGUCCAAAGCUGAGAGUGUGUUUGAGACGUUUGCUAAGUCUCUUCACGAUCUGGUAGAACGCGUGGCGACUGUAGAUCAUCAACAAAUGAUCGUUGAACCAAUAGCAGACACCAUAUCCGAAGACGUGUCGUCCUUGAAAACUUGGGCGGAUGUUGUUGAAGGGCUGAACAUUCAGGUGACAGAACCGAUGGUGGUAGAUCAAGGUACAGUGGAAUCACCCUCUGAAAUGGCUUUGUCGAUUUCUGAGGAGGAGACACAGGUUUUGAAAGGCUUGGCCAAACCUCUGAGCGAAUUGAAAGAAUGUUUGGCGAUAGUUAUCGAAGAACGGAAAUCGAUGGACGCGAACGAGAUGACAUUUGCAUUGUCAGAGAAGGAGGAUCUAUCUCUGUUAAAGACUAUGGCGCAACCAUUGUUGGAACUGAAAAAUGCAGCAGCGUCCGUUAUCCUCGAACAAACCACUAUCGAAUCUGCUAAAGAAAAGUCGUUUGAUAAUGAAGAGAGGAUAGAAACUACUCUGAAUCCGUUGAUCGAGCCUUUGGAAGAACUUUGCAAUUCGAUCGCGUUGAUCGAAGAUCAUAUGCUGAUUGAAUCCGCGAUAGAUCGACCUGUUGAUGAAGUAUCCUUGCUGACUGCUUUGGCUGAGCCUUUAAUGACACUUCACAGAAGUAUCUCGAUACUUGAAGAACGAGUAAUGUCGCCUGAUGUAGAGCCAAUUCCAGAGGAAUCGACUAAUUGGAUCACGGAGUGUUUGGCAGUUCCAUUGCAAGAGAUAGAGAGAUCUAUAGCUGAGAUUCGAGAAUGCGUUGUGGUAGAACCAGAACCUGGAAUUGCUGAAGAAUUCUCGAGGAUCGAUACACCAGAUUGGACAGUAGUUGAGAAAUUAGUACACCCAGUGGAAGUUAUAAAAUCAACAAUCAUUGAAAUGGAGAAAAGUAUUGCUGGAAAUAAAAAGAUGGAAAGAGAAAUUGAAUAUGAGACAGUCAAAAUACUGGUGCAACCUCUGAAUGAUGUGUACGAAAGCUUCAUGGUGUUAAAAAACAAAACUGAUAUGAGCGUAGAAGAAGAAGAAGCUAGUAUCGAUGCUAUCGUAGAUUCCUUGUCAAAUUUAGAGAAGAGUAUAUCAUUGAUUGAGGAACAGUUUGCUGAGAAGAAACAGAUCUCAAGUAUGGAUGAAACUAUAAUUGGAAUACUGGAUGAACCUCUGAUGCAAUUGAAGGAAAAGAUUAUGACAGUGGAAGAAUCGUCAACUGCAUAUCUUGAAAAUUUGGAAAAACCUUUGAAGAAUUUACAAGCUGCUUUGGAAAUUAUUUCGACCGUUCAAAUUAAGAAAAUGGAAAAAGAAAGAAAAGAAACUACUGUUUCAGUGGAAGAAGUGACGAGAAUAUCGACAAAAUUAAUGAAUUCUAUUAAAGAGAUGAACGACUCUAUCGAAUCAAUUGAUAAUAAGAUAGAAAGUUACAAAGGUUUACUGGGUAUAGAAAUUCAAAUCGAGAAUGAAGCUUUGAAGGCAUUGAUUAAACCUCUUGAACAAUUGAAACAGGAAAUUCAAAAUAUAUUGGAAAAAUCUGAAAUUGAAGAAACUUCGAUAGAUUCUCUAAAGAAACUUCGAAGGGCAAUUGAUAUUAUUCGUCAUCAAUCUGCAGAUAAACCAAUGAUUGAACCACCACAUUCUGAAAUGGCAGAUAUUUUCGGAAUGUUGAGAAUACUAACGAUAAGCUUAAAUGAGUUGGAAAUGUCCAGUGAGAAGGUUGAAAAAUUUUGGAAAGAUAAUUUAAGUGGAGAAGGUCUUGUGGAACUGGAGACACCCAUUUUAAAUUUAAUGAUAGAUAUAAAUCUGCUUCGUGAUAGAAUAUUAAAUAUGGAAAUAGUGUGGGAAAAAGAUGAAGAGAAAAAAAAAGAGAAACUAAAACAAGAAGAAGAACGUAAGAAAAAAAAAGAGACUGAGAAACUAAAACAAGAAGAAGAACGUAAGAAAAAAGAAGAGGCUGAGAAACUAAAACAAGAAGAAGAGCGAAAGAAAAAAGAGGAGGCUGAGAAACUAAAACAGGAAGAAGAACGUAAGAAAAAAGAGGAAGCUGAGAAACUAAAACAAGAAGAAGAGCGAAAGAAAAAAGAGGAGGCUGAGAAGUUAAAACAAGAAGAAGAACGUAAGAAAAAAGAGGAGGCUGAGAAACUAAAACAGGAAGAAGAACGUAAGAAAAAAGAAGAGGCUGAAAAACAGGAAGAAGAGCGUAAGAAAAAAGAAGAUACUGAGAAGCUAAAACAAGAAGAAGAACGUAAGAAAAAAGAAGAGGCUAAAAAACAGGAAGAAGAACGUAAGAAAAAAGAAGAGACUGAGAAACUAAAACAAGAAGAAGAGCGAAAGAAAAAAGAGGAAGCUGAGAAACUAAAACAAGAAGAAGAACGUAAGAAAAAAGCGGAAGCUGACAAACUAAAACAGGAAGAAGAACGUAAGAAAAAAGAAGAGGCUGAAAAACAGGAAGAAGAGCGUAAGAAAGAAGAAGAGACUGAGAAGCUAAAACAAGAAGGAGAACGUAAGAAAAAAGAGGAAGCUGAGAAAUUAAAACAAGAAGAAGAGCGAAAGAAAAAAGAGGAAGCUGAAAAACAGGAAGAAGAACGUAAGAAAAAAGAAGAAGAAACUAAGAAAUUAAAAGAAAAAGAAGUACUUAAAAAAAAGGAAACUAAAAAAAUGGAGCAAGAAAAGAAAUUUAAAAAGAAAGAAGAUCCAGCACUUAAGAAGAUAAAAGAAGCAGAGAAAUUGAAACAAGAGGAAGAGGAGCUUAAAAAAGAGGAAGUUGAAAAAUUGAAACAAGAAGAGGAGCAAAAGCAAAAGGAGGAAGUAGAGAAACAGGAAGGAGAACGUAAAAAGGAAUGUCAAGAAAAAGAAAAGGCUGAAAAAGAGAAACAAGAAGAAGAGAUACGUAAAAAGAAGGAAAAAGAAAUUGAAAAAGCGAAAGAAUUUGAAUCGGAAGCUUUGAAACAACAGGAGGAAAAAUUACGAAAAAAGAAAGAGCAAAGAAAAUUACAAAAAGAGGAAGAUGAACGCAAGGAACGAGAGGAAGCUGAAAAACGUAAAAAGGAGCAAGAACAAAGGAGACAUGAGAGAGAAGAGCGUACAAAAAGAGAAGAAGAGGAGAAGCUCAAACGAGAGGAAGAGGAACGUAAAAAGAAAGAGGAGAGACUGAAAUUGAAGAAAGAGGAAGAAGAACACAGGAAAGCUGAGGAAGAAGAACGAUUGAAGAAGAAACAGGAGAGAGAGGAACAGAAACGAGAGGAAGCUAGACGUCGAAGAGAAGAACAAGAGAAGCAGAUAAGACAGGAAACUGAAAAAGUGAGAAAAGCGGAGGAAGAACGAAUAAGGAAAGAAGACGAAGCUCACGAACGUAGGAGAAUGGAACGCGAACAAAGAAGACAGGAAGAGAUGGCCAAAUUACGCAAAGAGGAAGAAGAAAAAAUCAAAAGAGAGGAAGAACGCAGAAGAAAGAGAAAAGAGACGGAAAGGCAGCGGAAAGAAGACGAGGAAGCUAUGAAAAGAAGAGAGACAGAACGUUUGGAAAGAAGAAGAGCCGAGGAGCGGCAGAAACGAGAAGAAAUGGAACGUUUGCGACGAGAAGACGAAGAGAGGAGAGAUAGAAGGGAUGCUGACAGGCAAUUAAGAAGAGAAGAAGCAGCACGAACGAUGAAAGAGGAAGAGGAACGUUUAAGAAGGCGAUUCGAUGAAGAAGCAUCCAGACUUCGAAAACGAAGACAAGAACAGAUAAGAGACGACACUUGGUCCCGAAUGCGUCAAGGCGAAUCUGAUCAAUUGUUCCGAAAAAUGACGGAAGAUGCGUUUAGAAUUGAAAAAACAAAAAUCACUUCUUCUGAUAUGGAUCUUUGGCGAGACAAACGAGACAAAUCUUAUCGAUACGAUUCUGGUUUCGAUUCUGGACUUUCCAGUACUUCCAGAUCGUACAGUUGGAGAGAUUCUCUUACUUCUCUAACAAGAAAGAGGAUCGAUGAUUUUCUCGAUUAUAAAUUGAGGGAUACUUCGAUCGAUAGAUACUAUUUCGAUACAGGGACGUAUUACAGGAGAAGGAGAAAAAGGGACGACCGAAUUACUCGGGCUAGAUCCAUCAGUUUGUUAAAGUACGAUGACUAUUCGACAGGGGAUAGUGACACGACUAUCACAGCUGUUAGUGUUAGCAAACCACCGAAAUAUGGCGGGAGACCAAAGAUGAUGUCACGAAUGGAUCUAGAUGGGUCGAAUCUUCCCAUAUAUUUACCUCCUAUUAAAGACAAGCUUGCUCCGCGCGAGAAAGGAAAGAAGCCGUCAUUCUGCACGAGAUUGACGAAUAGGACCGUAGGGGUUGGUAUGAAGACGAGAUUGACCUGCACCGUCCUUGGCCAUCCGGAGCCGAGGGUUUACUGGACGAAGGAUGGGGAGAAACUCGACAUAACCACGAACAAAUAUAAAACUCGAUUCGAUAACGGUAUGGCUUACUUUGAAUUGCACGAACCACUCCCCGAAGAUUCCGGAUUGUAUACCUGUGUUGCCGAGAAUGUUCAUGGAAUCGCGAGCACCGAAUCCGCGUUAAAAGUUUACCCCGAUUUCCAACCAACAUUGUCACCCCCUACUUUCACAAGAUCGAUCAAAGAUACUUAUCGAUCAUGUGACAAUGAAUUGAUCCUGGAGUGUCGAGUUCGUGGCAACCCAACACCUGUCAUCUCAUGGUUGAAAGACGGUUGCAUUCUUCGAGGCGAUCGUUACAAACAAAGUUAUCUGGACGAUGGUAUCUAUCGAUUAGAGAUCGCUGCGCCUAAAUCUACGGAUAAUGGUCGUUACACUUGCAGAGCGAUGAACGAUCUACGAACCGAAGAGAUAUCGCACAUAGUUCAAUUCAAUGAACGAGAUCGACGAAUCGUGAAUAAACACGAGAAAUUGUUCGACGAUUACUUCAGCCUUGAAACUUACAAAAGGCCAAGAUUCUCCAGUUAUUUGAGCGACUAUAGUGUUCCCACUGGAGGCACCAUUGCCCUCCAAGUUGAGGUCAAAGGCGUACCGGCACCGGAAGUCAGGUGGUUCCGCGGCGAAAGGCGGGAGCCAGUCUCGAUCGCAAAAGCGAAGACAUUUACAGAAUCCGGUGUUCACACGUUGGUUCUGCCCGAGGUGACCGAAUCGGAGAAAGGCACGUACAUCUGCAGAGCGAUUAACGCUUACGGCCACGUGGACAGCAUUGCCACGGUCGAAGUAAUUUCGCCGAGUGCGAUCGAUGGCGGGAAACCGGCCAUGUUCGUUUCGAGGCCCUCGGAAAAAUCGAUCACGGUCAAUUCUGGAGAGGACGUCAGUGUCUCGUUCAGGGUCACUGGAAUUCCCAAACCUCGAGUUACAUGGAUGAAAGGAUUGAAAGAUAUCACGGACGGUCUCAGAUCUCACAAGGAAACGAUCGACGAUUACGUGAGAUUAACAUUGAAGAGAGUGGUAGCAACGGACGAAGGCACUUACUGUAUUCUGGUUAAAAACAGAUACGGUUGUGACAGAAGUUUCUUCUCGAUCAAGGUGAAACAACGUGCCAGGUCACUGACACCCGACUGGAGUUCUUUGAGCAGCCGCACCGAGACCGGAAGUUUUCUUGGUUUGUCCAGCGAGAGCCGUGACGAGGAACUCUCUUACGUGAGGAAUGUUCCAGGGCCGAUUACAAGCGAGCCAGUGGUAGUUGACGGGGGAAAGAAUUGGCUAUCCUUAAGUUGGGGAAAAGCUGAAAGAAGAGGACCAGCGCCUGUCAUUGCUUACAGAGUUGAUGCUUGGUUGUUGGGCAGUGAUGGCGGUGCACGAUGGGUCGAGCUGGGGAUGACACCGAUAAACGCGUUCGACGCGUUCAACUUGAAGCCUGGAGGCGAGUACAAGUUCCAAGUGACUCCAAGAAAUCGUUAUGGAUGGGGGGAGUCUGUCACUAUGACGAACUCCGUCAAGGUCAGCGAGACCGUCGACCUUCCAGAGUUCACGAAGAUCCUUCCAGGACAAUUGAAAGUUCUCGAGGGUAGCGCGGUCAAAUUGGAGUGCGAGAUCCGGGCUGACCCAAAGGUGGACAUAAAAUGGUACUACGAGUCGAUGGAAAUCGAUGACUCAAACGGUGAUCCCAAGUGGUCGAUCUCUCGUAGCGGGUCCAAAUGUUGCUUCACGAUCGAGAACGUUGAAGAGAAAGAUAGUGGAAGAUACGUUUGCGAGGCGGGUAAUUCGGUCGGGAAGGUUUCGUCUUUCGCCAGAUUGCUCGUCGUCGAUGAUCCAAAGAUCAUCGAGGCUGAUGAAAAAUUUAAAUCGAGAUCUUUAGGGGACGAAACGGAGGACAGGCCACCCCAAUUCACAAUGAGAAUUCGGGAUAGAAGGGUGCAAAUGUCUUACCCUGUGAGACUCACGUGUCAAGUGGCAGGGCAUCCGGCCCCAGAGGUCACGUGGUACAAAGACAACGCAGAGAUUCGACAAGACGAGCGUCACGUAUUCUGGAACAACGACUCGAAUUUCCACACGUUGGAAAUCAUUCACUCGAUGCUCGAGGACUCCGGUUGUUACACCGUAAUGGCGAGGAACGCGAGCGGCUCGGUGUCCUGCCGGUGCAUCCUGGUCGUGGACAAAGGAAUUCGCGCCUACAUAGCCCCGGAUUUCCUGUGCGGCCUGGAUCCGGUUUAUACUGUGAAAUUAGGGGAAGAUCUGCGGAUGACUGCUCAAAUAGAGGCGUAUCCCAGCGUCGGUAUCGUAUGGCAUCGAGACGGAAUUCGUUUGCGGCCAAGCAGAAGAGCAGUGAUGACCUUGAACCACGACGGUACGGUCGAGCUGUCCUUGGGCAAGGUCACAGCAAGGGAUGCCGGUGUUUAUUGUUGCACAGCCACGAACGAGGUUGGAUGCGCCGAGACAUCGACACGGGUCGCCAUUAUUGGCGCUGAAUCGCAAAAUGAUGAGGUGUCCGUCGAUGGAGUGCCAACUUUGACGGUCAUAUCGACGCCAGGCAUACCAUACUCGAAGGAGCCCCUCUUCGUCACGAAACCUCUAUCCACCGAGGCAAUCGAAGGAGACACCGUCAUCAUAUCCUGCGAGGUUGUCGGCGACCCGAAACCGGAAGUGAUAUGGCUGCGCGAUUUCCUCAGAGCCGAUUACUACAAGGACGCAGCCCACUUCCGGCUGGUCGGCGAAGGAUCUCAGUACCGUCUGGAAAUACCGUACGCGAAACUCGACUUCACGGGGACGUAUUCCGUAAUAGCGCGGAACUGCCAUGGGGAGGCCAAAGCCGUGAUUUCUUUGCAGAUCUACGCGAAAGGUCAAGGGAAGGAGGAGAAAAUGAAGAAAUCGGGGAUCACGCACGGGAAUGUGCUCACAUUGCCGAUGGUUACGAGGGAGCUUCGAGAUCUGAGGUGUUGCGACGGCGACGCUGUCACCCUUGAAUGCAAGGUGCACGCUGCACCCGAGCCGCCAUUGGUACGCUGGGAACGUGGAGGAAAGAUUCUUCAAAUGAGUGGAGAUUUCUCGGCUGAAUUCGACGGUGAAACCGCACGUUUGUGCAUCCAGCAUGUUUAUCCGGAAGACGAGGGCGAGUACACCUGCGUGGCGUAUAACGACCUCGGCAAGGCAUUCACGUCGGCGUGCCUAAUAGUGGAUGUGCCUGAAGGGAAAGAGAAUGUUUUGAGCCAAAGAUUGACGAGACCAGCUGGACUUCUCUCGGCGGGAUCGACACCUAGAUCGACACCACGAUCGACGCCAAUCAGGAGUUUGUCACCAGCAGUUUCACAUGGCCGAGAAUUAAGGUCUCCGCAGCUUCUUCCACGAAGCACGUUGUCAAAGCGGCCAAAGAUCAGUCCGCCGAAAUUUUACGCGGUGCCCCACAACCGUGUGGUCGAGGAGGGUGAAACGGUGCGUUUCCAGUGCGCCGUGGUCGGCCACCCGACGCCCUGGGCCAAAUGGGACAAGAACGGCACAAUGGUCACCCCAACAGCGAGAAUCUCGAUAAAGGAGAGGGACGACGUGAAGAUAUUGGAAAUCGUUGAGGUAACACUGGAGGACGCGGGACUUUACAGGGUGAUCGUGGAGAACGAUUACGGCCGUAUCGAAGCCAGCGCUCGUCUGGAAGUUAUAAAUCGUCACUUACUCGGAUCGGUUGCCCGUACGAUCAGAAUAAGAAGCGCGUCGCCUAGAACGUAUCCAUCCUUCAGCCGAAGCCUCCUGGACACGAGCGGCAGAAUAAACGGAAGGUUGUACCUCGAGUGCGGAAUCAGAGGAACGCCCAGUCCAACGCCGACUUGGUUCAGGAAUGGAAGGCCGUUGGAACGAUCGAUCCGAAUAAAAAGGUAUUUCGACGGCAAAACUGCAAAAAUCGAGAUAUCAAAAGUGAAAUCGAGCGACGCGGGUGAGUAUACCUGCGUGGCAACUAACGUCCUUGGAUCUACGAAGAACACCUGUCAGGUGACCGUCCUUAGCUCUUCCAAUCCAUCCACGAGUGACAGGGAUCCGCCGAGAUUUCUUCAUCCACUCGCCGAAGAAUCGAUCGUCGUGGAAGGUCAUUGCUACGAACUACAGACGAGACUCACGGGUACGCCGCCCUUCUCGAUGAUUUGGUUGAAAGACGGUCGCGAGAUACUCGACAAUGAUGACCACAAGUAUGUCGUGUACAGUGAUGGUGGUAUCGCUCUCAGAUUAUCCAACGUUUGUCCACAAGACGCUGGCGAAUACACUUGCCUCGUUCGUAAUAAUUUCGGGGAAGCAUCCAGCAAUGGCCUGUUUAUCGUUCAAGAUUACAAGGGUACAGCGAAAUUGGCGCCACAGUUCACGAAGACUCCGAUGUCAGUCGUCGCAUCGAAAGGAGACAUUGCCUGUUUCUGUGCUCGAGUGCAAUGUGGAAAACCAAUGGAGAUCACGUGGACGAUCAAUGGAAAGGACGUUAAAGAAAAUCCAAGGUGCAAGAUCGAGAAAGACGACAGCGUGAGUAUUCUCAGGAUACACGACGUGCAACCGCGAGACGUUGGCGAGAUUCGAUGCACAGCAUCCGUGAGUGGAAAAGGGCCGUCGAUCAGUUGCGCGGCCGAGCUACGAUUGAAUCGAGCAGCGAGGAAUCCCGAGGAUUCGAUUCAAUCCGCGACCAACGGAAAUCGAAACGAGAAGCCGCCCAAUUGCAACUCCUUACGAAAGACGAGGAAAGACGUUCCUCCUCCUGUCGAGUCUCCCACUCGAGCCUCGAGGUCAUCCUCGUUGCCUCGAAGAUCCACGCCGAGCCCCAACCUGUCUCCUUUGCCCGUGAGGAGAAACAUCCCCCCAAGCCCGUUGCUGCUCGACAGGAGGACGAAACUGGCCGACAAAACUGGGAAGAGGAAAGAUCUCAAUCUUAAAAAAUUCGCGCGUAAAGCUACGCAACGGGUGUACAGGGAGCCGGGUGAUCGGGUGUCAUCGGACGAAGAGGAGGCGAGGGAGACGUUCGAAACGAAGUUAUUGGAGAAGGAAGGGGAAUUGGUAAAGGAGAACGUUCGUAAGACUGAUAAGAGCGACACGAGACAAAUCCAAGAUAACGUUAAUAAGCACGAUAACACGCCAAUAAUAUGCGUGAAGCAUGUUCCGGAAGAGAUCGAGGAGAUCGAGGAGGAGUGCUCGAUUCAGAACGAUGCGAUCGUGAUGGAGAAGGAGGAGAAUAUUGUUGGUGGAGAGGAGGAAUUGGUGGCGGCCUGUAUCGUGAAGGUACCGGCUGAUGUCACCGUUUUCAGAGGAAACAGGGUUGUCCUCAGGGUCACGUAUCGAGGUCAUCCGGAACCGAUGGUCAAGUGGCUUCGAGCGGGGCGAGAAUUAAUUCCAAACAAAAAGACUGCGAUCACGUAUGGCGGAGGUGUCUCUUGCUUAAUAUCCGACGAUGUGACGGCUGAUAAUGCUGGGAAAUACGAGGUAUCCGUGGAAAAUAAACUUGGAAAAGAUCGACGAUGUUUCAGCGUUGCCGUUGAAGGUCCACCUGACCCACCGGCAGGUAUUCCAAACAUAUGUUGUUCCACGGGUACAGCAACCAUCAAUUGGCGGUCAUCACCUUACGAUGGCGGUUGUACGGUUACCGGUUACACCGUGGAGAUGAAUCGUGCCGGUGAAAAUAGCUGGACAACGAUCGCGGAAUCCUGCCUCUCGCUCAGCAUCACGGUUCCUUCCGUCGAUUCGAGCACCGUGAUACCUGGUGAAAGAUAUCGUUUCCGUGUGAGAGCUGAAAAUAUCCACGGGGUUAGCGAACCCGGUGACGAAUCUCAAUUUGUUCGAAUUCCGAAAGAAGGUGAAAUGUGUCUCGAGGAGGAUGAGGAAGAAUUCGAGCCACCGUUCGAAGCUCGAAUAGUCGAAAUGGAGGAUGGGCAUUUGUUCAACGAUCGGUACGAGGUAUUGGAGGAAUUGGGGAAAGGCCGAUACGGAACCGUGAGGAGGGUAAUCGAGAAAUCUUCGAAUACGAAUUUCGCGGCGAAAUUCGUGAGAACGAUUAAAACGAAGGAUCGAGAGCAAGUUCGAGAAGAGAUCAGGAUCAUGAACAUGCUACGUCACCCGAAACUUCUCCUAUUGGCCGCCGCUUUCGAGAGCCCUCGAGAGAUCGUGAUGGUCACCGAAUAUAUUUCCGGUGGAGAACUUUUCGAGAGGGUGGUCGCCGAUGACUUCACCUUGACCGAAAGGGACAGUAUACUGUUCAUGAGGCAAAUCUGCGAGGGUGUGGAGUACAUGCAUCAGAACAAAGUGGUACACUUGGAUCUGAAGCCGGAGAACAUAAUGUGCAGGACACGAACGUCCCAUCAAAUCAAGCUGAUCGAUUUUGGCCUGGCGCAGACGCUCAAACCUGACACACCGAUCAGAGUUCUCUUCGGCACCCCGGAGUUCAUUCCUCCUGAAAUUAUAAAUUACGAGCCAAUAGGGACCGAAUCGGACAUGUGGAGCGUCGGUGUCAUCUGUUACGUCCUAUUAACCGGUUUGUCCCCGUUCAUGGGAGACAACGACGCCGAAACCUUCGCCAACAUAACUCGAGCCGACUACGACCUGGAGGAUGAGGCCUUCGAUGCGAUCUCGAACGACGCUAAGGACUUCAUCACCGGUUUGCUUGUCAAACGAAAGGAAUCGCGAAUGUCGGCUAGACAGUGUUUAGAGCACCCUUGGAUGGCGCAACACGCGGAAGCAAUGAGUAGGAUAGCCUUGCCGACUGAGAAGCUGAAAAAAUUCAUCGUACGAAGAAAAUGGCAGAAAACGGGAAACGCCAUUCGUGCACUCGGAAGGAUGGCGAUCCUUUCGGCGAACAGCAGACGGGGCCCAACCUCGAUGGAAUCCUCGCCAACCUCCUCUGCCAACCACCCCAUCAUCGAGCCGCCCCCAACGAUCGAUUUCGAGGGCGGAUCGGCCGACGACGGGUCGAAAUCGCCGUGCAUCUCCGGGAACUCGACAGCGGAGGGGAAGAAGAACGGGAGAAGAACGUUCCUCGACACUCGAGAAACGAACGUGUAUUCAUUCUGUUACAAAACCGAGAUGAACAUCUUGCCGGAAGAAACCGUACACUCCCCUGGAGCGGAGGAGAGGAUCUCAUUCUCCUCGAACGGGAACGCCUCCUCGUUGAAAAAUGAGCCAACGACGGAGGAUGGCGGUGUAUCGUGUUCCCCGGGAAACGAAUCCGGAGAAAUAAUCCGGGAAACUGAUACACCGAGCGGCUUGGUCCAGGGCCAGAAGUAUUCUCGGCCGGAAGAGUCCGUGGCGCGUCCUAUGGAGAGGAUCGAGGAGGAGGAGACGGAGACCGCGACUCGAUCUCGUGUCGUCGAGGAGCGUGUAUCGUCGUUAAAGGGGGAAGAGACGUCGACGAUCGUCGAGAGGAGUUUGAUCGAUUUCGAUCCGACCCCGGUCGAUGACUACCGCCCGAAAUCCGACGUCGAUUUCUCGCAAACGAGGUCUUCUUGCAAACGGGAGCCGUCGGCGUGGAGCGACGAGGACGAGGACGAGGACGAGGACGAGGGGAAGGAGGAGAAAGGGGACAUCGUUACGGAGAUCGAGAAGGAAUUGAAAGAGAAGAUGGAUCAGGAGGGGGGCACGAGCUCGCAGAAGGUUCGCCGGGUUUUCAGGGGCGACUCGCGCGAUUCUGGGAUCGGUGACUGCGCCUCGAACUUGUCCACGUCGUCCCAACAGGUGAACGAGUUGGGUAUAUCGGCGAUCAAGGAGGAGGAGGCGGACAACGAGAGUAGUAGUAAUAAUAAUAAUAAUAAUAAUAAUAAAGGAUUGUUGGAAAAGUUGGAACGGUUCGAGGAUCGAGGAACGUUGCUCGACGACGAUAUCGGGGAAAUAUCGGCGAACGUGGGAUGCGUAAAAGUUUCGGAUCCAAAGAGGCAUACCAAAAAAAAAGGGAGUAUCGAGGUAGCUGCGCUGAGCGGUGUGAAUAAAGCUUCGCGUGAAAUUAAUCGGCAGCAUGAAGUGUCCAGCGAGAUUGAGGACCCGAGGUUAUUAAUCGGAAGAAUUCGUAGCAAAUUCGUCCCGACCGGAAACGUGAGUCGUACUGCGAAAUUGUUCGAGAAAGAGGCGGCUGUGGCGGCGGCGGCGGCGGCGGCUGCGACAUCCAAGUCAUCCGGCAACGUUCCACAAAUGUCGGAACGUGCUUAUCCCUCGAUCGCCACGACAGCGAAGAAACCGAACAACGAAAGGAUACAAAAGGCUUUCGCCUUUUGGAAUAAAUAGAUCGUGGAUUGAGAACAAAAAAAAAAAAAAGAAAGAAAGAAAAAGAAAGGAUCGAAAAUAUUCUUAAGGCGAAAAUAAAAAUAAUUCGGGGAUAUUCAAAAUCGUUCGACUGAAAACUCUACGCGGUACCUAUUAUUACACUUUCAAGUGUAAUUUUCUAGUUCUUUUCUUAAGGGAAAUAUAGUAUAUACGUAAUAAAGUAAGUUGUUUUUUUUUUUUUUUUUAAAUCUCGAAACGCACCGUAUGUUGUUAAGACAAGUUAAUUUAAAAAAAAAAAAAAAAACGUGCACAUAUU